UUUGGAAGAUUCAAAAAUUGAUUCUCUUACACAAAAAAAAUAAUUUAGAUGAACCCCCCCUUGCCAUAGAUAAAACGUAAAUAUAAAUGCUACUGAAAGCUCCAUAGGCCUAUCAUUACCUAAAAUGAAGUCCAUAACAGUACUACUGCUCAUUUUUGGUUACAUAUCCGCGUCUCAGGCAGCGGUGAGUUUGACAGUGGACGGCCUCAAAGCCACACUCAAAAACAAACAUGUCGAGCUCAAUUUUAAUGCAAACGCUCAAAUUAUAACUGCAAAAGUUGACGGUACUAGCUUACAAGCUAGGGGUGCUUCAAGUUUUUAUUUGGAUUGGAAUAACAAUGGUCAAGGAUAUUUCCAUCCAUCCAGCAUCCAUAUAGUGGAACAAACCGCCGACAGAGUCCAUUUCUAUUGGCUCCAGAAAAACAUUCAAAAAGUUUUCAGAAUCGAACUUCACUACAUCAUGGAAGCUGGUCUCAACGGAGUUUACUCUUAUGCCAAGUACACCAACGAUAAAACCUAUAACCUGACCUUAGCAGAAACGAGAACUGUGUACAGAUUUGAUGCAUCAAUAAUGAGUCAAGGUACCAACCAGCAACGUUCCGGUAUCCUUCCAACCACAAAAGAACUAAACCAGUGCACGACAAUACAAGACAACACAUGGAAAUUCCCUAACGGAACCUACUACACCAAAUAUGAUUAUGUCGCUUACCUGAGACAAACCAACUAUCAAGGAGUUUACGGAAACGGGUUCGGAGCUUUCAUAAUAUCUCCUAGCAGAGAAUACCACGGCGGUGGUCCAUUAAAACAAGACUUAACAGUGCAUCAGGAAUGUCUCAUCACCAACUACUUCGUCAGUAGUCAUUUCGGCACACCUCCAACUGUCGCUGCACCAGGUUGGAAUCACAUCUACGGCCCUUGGCUGAUUUAUUUCCCUACAGGCAACAACAAUGCUAUAAUGUCUAGUGUGGUAAAACAAGUUACAACCGAACAAUCUCGUUGGCCUUACGCUUUUGUCAAAGACGAUGAAUAUCCAAGAACCAGAGGGCAAGUAAGCGGAAAGGUGCACGGCCAAAAAAGCGCCACUGUUGUCUUAUGGAGUUCACUUGAUGAAGAUUUCGACAAGCAACAAUUGGGGUAUCUUUACAGUGCGGAAACUGACUCUACUGGAUACUAUAUUAUAACUAACGUACGGCCUGGUACUUAUAGAAUUGCCGCUUAUCCUACAGCUGGUUCUGGCAGCGAUAGUUUGGCUGAAUCUCGGGUUACUCUGGCCGCAGGUGCCCGUGAGCAUGUUGCACUCACUCUGAAUGAACCCAAAAACAUAAUUUGGUCUUUAGGCCAAGCUAAUAGACUAUCCAAUGAAUUUAAAUAUUCUGAUCAGCCACGUAAUUACAAAUGGGCAACAUUACUUCCAGUAAAUCUUAAUUUUACUAUUGGUAGUAGUGAUCCUAAACAAGACUGGUACUAUGCGCAACCCCCUGGCCAUUGGUCCAUUAAAUACCAAGAUACUGCUGAUGGAAAAGGAAGAAUUUUGCGGGUAGCUUUGGCAGCUGUCAGCAGAAAACCCCAUCUCCAAGUGUUCGUUAAUGGGCAUAGAGUGGGCAAUAUUUACUACGGUAACGACCAGUCAGUUUAUAGGAGUGCUAUGAAUAGUGGUACUUAUUAUUCUAAUGUUUUUAAUGUUAGUGCCGCUCAGGUGGUCAGCGGAGAAAACAGCGUUAGCAUUUAUAUGACUUUAGGGCAAAUUAUGUACGAUGUUAUUAGUUUGCAAAGGGGUUGAGGCUUGAUAAACAAACUGAAUUUUUGUACAA